ACACUGGCCAUGGGGCUGAUGACGGGGACGAUCGCCAGCAUGUACCGGACCAACGCCGUCCUGAUCGCCAUGCUCAUCACUGCCAUCGUGGCCAUCAUUGUCACCAUCUUCUGCUUCCAGACCAAGGUUGAUUUUACGUCAUGUCCUGGGCUGUUCUGCGUGCUGGGCAUCGUGGUCAUGGUGACCGGGAUUGUCACUGCCAUUGUCCUUUCCUUCAAAUAUGUCCCCUGGCUCCACAUGCUGUACGCAGCCAUUGGUGCCAUUGCCUUCACGCUGUUCCUUGCCUAUGACACUCAACUUGUGCUGGGGAACCGGAAGAACACACUGAGCCCCGAGGAGUACAUCUACGGUGCCCUCACCAUCUACACCGACAUCGUCUACAUCUUCACCUUCAUCCUGCAGAUC